AAGACAACAGGCAGAGCAAGGGUUAAGGAGCAAGCAAGUAGAUAAUCAAGCUGGCAGCCGUCUCCUUGCUGAAACAUCAAGGCAAUAGUGUGGAGACUUCAUUGUAACCUUAAAGUGACAGGAUGGGAAGAGACCCAGGCAGCUCAUGUAAAAACAACUCUGCUCAGCAAGACUUCCAAAGAGAUCUCUCUGUAGCAGCCAACAGAAGCAACCUACAAGAAAAGUAAGGGAGCAACCAUUCAAACAGGCCAGUUACUCUCAGGCAGCAGCUUCCAAUGUCAACUGACAAAGAUGACUGGAUUCCAGAGCAUGAAACUACGGUUGGUGCUAAAUUUCUACAAAAGGCACGGAAGAGCCCUUUGGUGCCAUUUGGCAUGAUGGGGUUUGUAGCUGUGGCAGCCUAUGGACUUUACCGGCUGAAGGCAAGAGGGAGCAUGAAGAUGUCUGUCCACUUGAUUCACACUCGGUUAGCUGCCCAGACCUGUGUGGUUGGAGCCGUAACACUUGGCGCUGUCUACAGCAUGUACAAAGACUACUUCCCAAAACAAAAAUAAAUGAGACGUGGAUGGCAUUCGUUUGUUCCUUCUCCCUGAAUGGAUUUGAAGACCCCUGUGGCAGCUCCAGCAGGGUUGGGAGAUCAUUUGGUUUACUCUUGCAGGAGAAGCAGGCCCUGCAGCCUCAACUGCUUACUUACAGCUUAUAUGUUUUUCCUUUAAAAUAAGUCCUGAGAAGUAAAGGGGAACCUUAUGGAAACAGAGGAUUGAAAAAGACCCCCAAGGGAUUAUUGAGUAGUCAAUCCCCUGCUGAAGGACAGGAUAAUACUGUCCUUAACAGUUACCUGGCCAACGUCUCCUUAAACCAUUUUUCCCCUUCUCACAACCUGCCUAAGUGUGGAAGAAACUGCCUGCUUUUAUCACACUAAAGUUAUAACCCUGUGUUGGUAAAAAGAGGGGGGGGGAACCAAAUGCUACAAAAUAUAAUUCAGAAUUAAGCAUGUAAAUUGCACAUAUGCACAUAAAGAGCAAAUUCACACUGACGAGAAAUGAUUCGCCCAAUUCUGACCGCAACGAUCCCUUCUUUAAUGCAAACCACUUGUCUUGUGAAGUUCUGCGCUGUAUAGUUUCCAUUUUUAAUUACCUUUGUAACUAAGCCUGUUUUCCAGUGGCUCCACCUUGCACAUGACUUAAGGGCAAUGGUAAUAUCUACUGUCAUUAUUUCAAAUAUAAUCAGAAAAUACCUUGCUUAAAAAGGCAUUAAAAUGCACAUAUUUGGUAAA